AUGUCUAUUUGCUUACGUACGAUUUCUCAAAGAAUACUGCCUAUAAAUGGCAUCGUUUCCACCAAAAAUCACUCAAGCCGCUUGUCUAGAAAAAUCCCUCUGCGGACACAAUUUCUGGAAGAAUUCCUACAUCGUCGACGCAUAUCCAGUUGUCAACUUGCGCCAAAAUGUAGCAUGGACAGCAACAUCGACUAUGUCUAUGGUCACGAUGAGGCUGUAAUCAGCAGGCUCACACACCAGGAAUCCACGUCUAUCUAUGAUAAAACAAAGCCUUCGGAUGGAAGCAACUAUUAUGGGGACGAUGUGGAGGUGAAGACCCUGGGACUGACAUCGGAUGAUUACAUAGAGAGGCGAAUGCCUCCGUACACAUUCGAUGUACCAUAUACCAAUAUUAGUGAUAUUGACUUAACUAAAUAUAGUAAUGAUAUAGAACCGACCUGCCUCUCGGAUUUUGAACGUGACGCGAUCGCAUACUGCCGCGGUACCGUAUUGUCGAGUCCUAUAAGCGCACCCGUCGUGGCGCCCAGCCGUGAUGGCAAGCCCAAUGAAGAACAACUCAUGAAAGUGUACUACACUCUCUCAGACACGAUGCCAAAUUUGUUUGUGAAGCCCCUGGACUAUUCCAUCUACCAUCCUAACAUGGUUUUUGUGAACAACAUUAGGGGCACCACAUCUGUAGGUCUAUUCCACUAUGUGAAGCAGGUGGCGCUGCUGCGUACAGUGGGUCACUUGAAGUUUGCCUACGUGAAGCUGGAAGUCAUGAAGAUCACGGCACAUCCUGAGGACUCUUCUGUCAAGAUGAGAUGGCGCAUCAAGGGCAUUUCCGGACUGAAAGUAUUCUUCAUGUUCUGGAAGUACAAGCUGUGGAACAUGAAGGAGGUGUUCCGAGACCAGGAACUUUGGUAUGAUGGAUUCUCCACAUUCUAUGUGGGUGCAGAUGGACUAGUACAGAAACAUGUUGUGGAUAAGGUAAUGCCAGACCAGGACACAAUAAUAGAUGACGAAGAGAAGGCUCCAAUAGCCGCCAAAAUAGCGCUUCUCAUUGGCUUGCUGCCCCGAAACUACCUGUCCGACGUGUCACCCUACUUUAGCGCGUCACCAGGCACCGCCGAUACUACGCCACUACCCUUCAAAGUACUGGAGUAA